UCCCGAGAAUCCAGAGAUGAAUAUAGAGGGGGAGGCAACUUUGCGAGCACAGAGAUAUACAUGGGAUGAGUUUUGCGGGGUGGUGGGCGGCUUUGCCGUGCCCCGCUUCGUGUGGCAAUUGAUCCUGUGCCGCGAUCUCAGACUCAGUGGCCUCUGGUUGUUCCUCGGACUCGUGGUCAUCGACUUCCUGACCAGUCACUCGCUGCCCCAGCUGCUGGGCAUGGCGGGCCUGAUGCUCCUGGUCCAUCUGCUGAUCUACUCGGCCAUCCGGCCAUACGUGCGCUUUCUGCCCUACGAGGAGCUGCUGGAUUGCCGGAUCAAUGUAUCGAAGUCGCUGGACCUGGGCGUCCGUGUGGUCGGCCAGGUGGCCAACUGCAUCAACCGCUCGGUGGCCACCGCUCAGUUCCUCCUCCUCGGAACGGACCUGCAGGCCAGCCUCCUGCUGCUGUUCGUCCUGAUGGAGGUGCGCGCCAUCCUCUGCUGGAUAAACCUCUCCACGCUGAUUAAGAUCGCCUACUGUCUGGCGAUUGUUGUUCCAAAAUUGUGGGAGGCUUUCCUUCUUUGGAUGGACUCACGGGGUUUAAAUAAUCCUUACCUGAUCGCACUCCUGAAGGAAGUUUUCAGCAGGGAAUUUAUUUUUGAGUGCCUGGAGCAGCUGGCCAUGGAGGUGCAACUGUACAGUGCCAAGUAUUUUGAACUGGAAGCGGAGAAAACGGAACCCGAGGGAGCUAAUAGUGGGGAAAUCCAGGUGGCAGAUGUCGAUACCACUGGCGAUGAGAUGUCGAUGGAAAGUGGCGAGGAAAUUCAAGUGGCAGUGGUCGAUAGGACUGGCCAAGACUAAGAAUCGGCAGACUAUCAAACGUAUUUGGUUUUCUUUAUUUCUGGUUAAAUAUGUUCAACGUUUCCAUUCAAUCCAAAUACACAUACUCAAAAGACACACACUACACAUCGAAGCCAAUUGAAACCACUGAAGUUAUAGUUACUAACAACUUACGCCAUAAAACACGAUAAAAUAUAAAUACACUCAUUACACACAAGAAA